AUGGUUGUUUAUUGCAGCAAUUUAUUGUCGAGUCGCUGUUUUAGCUCGUCCUCUGUGGUCAUCAAGGGCUGGGUGCAGACGGUUAGAAUACACAAAAAUGUUGCAUUUUUGCAAAUGCAUGAUGGAUAUUCGUCAAUGCAAAUUGUUGUCGAUCGGCCUUCGUUGGCAAAGAACAUCCAUACCGGGUCUUCUGUUGAGGUUUGUGGAAUUCUUAAAACAUUGGCACCAUGUAAAUCGGAAGUGCAUGCAAGCUCUAUUUCAGUGAUUGGCGCUUCACCGCCCCAAGAUUAUCCUCUUCAAAAGAAAAUACAUACAAACGAGUUUUUGAGAUCCAUACCUCAUCUUCGAUGCAGGAGUUCUAAAUUCCAGAAAAUGCUGCACACUCGGUCUAUUUUACACAAAUCUCUUUCCGAUUUUUUCCAUAACGAGGGCUUCCAUUACUUCCAUCCUCCGCUUUCGACAUCUUCCAAUUGUGAAGGUGGCUCUGCUGUGUUUUCGAUGACUCCCAAAAUAUUUGGGCCAAACGAAGUCUUUUUAACUGUUUCGUCUCAAUUGCAUUUGGAAGCUGCUGCAGUCGGAUCACUAAAUCGCGUGUGGACGCUUUCUCCUGCAUUCAGGGCGGAGUCUUCCGAUACAAGUCGCCAUCUUGCUGAAUUUUGGAUGUUGGAGGCGGAGGCGUCGUUUGUUGAUUCAAUUGAAAUCUUGGCUGAUAUCAUACAAAGAUCAGUUAAGACCAGUGCAAAGACAUUGUUGAGUUCAAAAGUAUUUGAUCAAAGCAAAGAUGACCUGGAACAUUUGCUCGCUUUAGAACAUGGUGUUUUCGAAAUUAUUUGUUACUCUCAGGCGAUCGAAAUCUUAUCCAAUCUUAAAGAAGAAGCUGGCGCGAGCGUGCCUAUAAAAUGGGGAGACAGCCUGAGUUUUGAGCAGGAGCAGGCGCUAUUGGAUUUUAUGAUUCUAAAGAACCCCCAGGUUAUUGGGAUCUUUAUUAAGGAAUAUCCAGAACAUGGAAAGCCAUUUUAUAUGAAGAGAAACUCAAAUAUCGUAUUAAACUUUGACCUGAUUGUCAAGGGCGUUGGGGAGCUUGCCGGCGGCUCCAUUAGAGAGGAUUCGUUGAAUGUUCUACACGAAACCAUAGCAAAGCUUGGAAUAAAUCAACAGCCGUUGCAAUGGUAUCUUGAUACCAGGAAAUACGGAAGUGUGCCCCAUGGCGGCUUCGGUAUUGGCUUUGAUCGCUUGGUUCAAUGGUUUUUGAGAAUCCCAAACAUCAGGGAUGCAAUUUUAUUCCCAAGGGCAACGGGGGCACUUUUUGCUUAA